UGUUCCAGCUCUCGGAGGACAUCGGCUACGUCCUUUACUCGGCGCUCGGCAGCUUCUACAUCCCCUCGUGCAUCAUGGUGUUCGUGUACAUACGCAUUUACUUCGCGGCGAAGGCGCGGGCGCGGCGGGGCAUCCGGAAGCCGCGUCCCCGCGCUGUGGUGCCGCCCGAGUCGCCGGACGUGAGGCAGACGAGCUUCACGCAGAGCACGCCCGCCACCGAGGCGAAGAAGCCACCAGGCUCCGCCAUGGAGAACGUCGCCACCAUCGAGAACCAGCCCGUGCAAAUUCCCAUCGUCACGUGCGACUUCGCCAGCGACGUCAGCACCUCCGAGGCGGAUCCCGGAGGGGGGAGCAGUAUCCCCAUGGAGGAGAAGGACACGCUCAAGGUGACGAUGCCGGUUCCGGUGCAAAAGAGCAGCCUGAAGGCGACGCUGUCCGUGAACGGUGACGGGCAAUCGAGCGUCCCGUCCCGAUGCAGGGCGCCCAGCGUCGGUAUCGACGUCGACAUGGUGUCCGAGUUCGAUCCGUCGUCGUCGGACAGCGGCGUCGUUUCGAGGUGCGCCGUCGUCAAGCCGCUCAAGCUUCGCCUCUGCCAGCCCAUUUUCGGGCGAAGGAACAUCGGCAAGCUGAGGAGGGAGCACGGGGACGGGGGCCGGGCGUCCGGCAAGGACGAGGCGGGCGUCGAGGCCAAGUCGUCCAAGCCGCGGGACCCGGAGAGAGAGAAGAGGAGACUGGCGAGGAAGAAGGAGAAACGAGCCACCCUGAUAUUGGGCUUCAUAAUGGGCAGCUUCAUCGCGUGCUGGCUCCCAUUCUUCGUCCUGUACAUCGCGAAACCUCUCUUCCCAAACGUCAACAUACCGAUCCAGGCGUUCGUGAUCGCGUUCUGGCUCGGAUACAUGAACUCUGCCCUCAACCCAUUCAUUUACACCGUCUUCAACAAGGACUUUCGCCGCGCCUUCCGCAGGAUACUCUUCAAAUAAUCCCGUCGUCCCUGGACGAACGCUCACGAACGGGUUCUUCCAGGUAAAAGAAACGAGAAUCGAAAGGCGCGCGGAUCGCUCUCGCGGUUGGACCGGGGCGGUGCCGCGUCCACCAUAGGAUCCAGCAAGAGCAUUUGAGGGGAGAACGACGGGGGAUUGGCCACGCGCG